GCACAGAAGAGAGGACACACAGAAGACAUGGGCGACAGGACCACUUUGGGCUUUUAUUCAAACGUAACAAACAAGUGUAAAAUUGGCACUUCUAGGCUGUGUAAUAAAGCUCACAUGUGUGACCUGGGGUCAACUACUACACAAUACCUCUUUUUUGUCCUUAUCUUUUAGAUGGAAAGCUCUCAGAACAUGACUAAAAUUUUAAUUAUUCAUUUAAUAUUAAUAUUUAAAUAUUAAUAAUUAAGGCUUGAAUAAUGUGAAAAUAUGCUGUUCUACUUACCUUCUGACGUGGGUGACAUACUGUAAGUCAUUUUCAUGGUACUCAUAUGGAAUUAUUAUUUAGAAUAAUAUAGAAGUUAGAAUUUUAUCAAAACAUUUAAUGUUGAAAUGCCAAUUACUGAACUCUUAUCUAUUAUUAAAGCGUUGUGAUGAGCAAUGAAAGUGCUGUCUGAAAGUGCAGAGAUCUCACCACUCGAGGGCAAUGUUGAAGAAGAGAAAGCUCUGAGGACUGAACUCCUUAAACCUCAUAUACCAAAGUCAGAGUGUGGCGUCUUCACACAUUGCGACUCAUUGUGUAGUGUGAUUCUCUAGAUGUUUCCAGUGGAUAAUAAGAAGCCACACUUCUGCGCGUGUGGAACCUUAGUGAUAUGAAUUCAGAGAAGGACUCGACCCCAAACAUAGAUCCUCACCUAGGCUUAUUUUAGCUUUCUUGUAUUACGUCUAGGUUCUCCACAACACUUUUAAUUCUGUUACAUUAGCUAGAUUGUGUGUCAAUUUGGUUCUGUUUUAUGACUUUAUGAUAAUAAUAAUUUAUUUUAUUAUAUUUUGUACUACUGUCUUGGCCAGACCUGCGCUGGUUUGUGUUUUAUCUACUAAAGCUCAGUGUGGAGUCUUGCUGCGCUUUACCCUUUGGGGCCACUGGGGGCGCACUACCUAGAAAUGUAGGUAAGUUCAUGUGGAAUCGCACGAAAAAGAAACCACGGGAAAAGAAGCAAUAACAACAAGCCUGGGAUCGGGAAGCUAACUCAAAAACAAUAAAGCAAAAAAGAGGCAGUGUGUUUUGGCCGCGGACACACUCCGUGGGGACCACUGAAUCACUAAACGUAUAUGAGUUAGUGUGUAGGGACUGCAACAACCGAUACUGCCACUGUAAGCCAGAAACGAUGGCUGACCUUGGUGUGUCUCAGUUGAGCGUACUGGUGUUCUGUACUAUUCUGGUGUCAUCCCCUGCAGAUGCUUAUAUCUAUGCUCAUUUUGCCAAUAAGACAUCUAUGUUGUUUGAGGACCUUCCUGCUUAUUUUGGAUUUCCUCUGCCAAAGGAAGGGCUAAUGGGGAUGUUGGUGGUGUCCCAUCCGCUUAAUGCCUGCACACCAAUAGAUCCUCCUCCUCCAUUGCCUCAUGAUGCCAACAUAACUAAAGUUUUUGUUCUCAUCAAACGCUAUGAAUGCAAUUUCGAUAUAAAGGUUUUACAUGCACAACGCGCUGGUUACAGUGCUGCAAUCGUUCACAACAUGUAUUCAGACACACUUCUCAAUAUGAACUACAGCAAUGAAACUAUUGCUGAUGAGAUUGAGAUCCCAUCUGUUUUCACCAGUUACUUUGCCGGGCAGAUUCUCCAGAAUUUUUCAAAACAAGGGACCUAUUUGAUCCUCAAACCAGAGUUUGCUUUUCCACUCUCAUACUACCUUAUUCCCUUCACCGGAGUUGUUGGCAUGGUCAUUAUUGUUAUGUGUGUCAUCUUGCUCAUAAGAUGUGUACAGUACAGAAAAAGGCUGAGGAAAAAUCGAUUGUCAAAGGAACAGCUCAAACGAAUCCCAAUCCACAGGUUCACUAAAGGAGAUGACUAUGAUGUGUGUGCAAUCUGUCUGGAUGAGUAUGAAGAAGGAGAUAAGCUGCGAGUUUUACCUUGUUUACAUGCUUACCAUUGCAACUGUGUGGACCCGUGGCUCACACAGACCAAAAAGACGUGUCCUGUGUGCAAACAGCGUGUCACUCGGAACAACCUAGAGCACUCUGAGUCUGAGUCAGAGGAGGAAAAUGGAGGACACGGGGAGGAUGAAGGAGCAGAGAGGGAUUCUGAGCGCACGCCCCUGCUUCGACCGUCCAACCCUGCAUCUCCUUCAGGUAUUCCAGGCUCCUAUUCUGCCACUACAAACAUCACAGCUGCCCAGUGCCUCACUUCGACUCCACACUGCAACUCGCCCAUAAUGGUUGAGGAAUGCUACUACUCCCCUGAGGAGGAAACAGACACAGAAAGCGACGACACAGGAGAGUACAGGCACCACACUGAUGACGACACUGCGCAGCUCAUCACUAGAGUGAACAUCUGAUGGCUUCAAUGAGAUUACAUACAGAAAGUGUCUUUCUGUUCAGCUGUUAUCACACAACACUUCAAGAUACAUUUCUGGUUAGCUAGUUAUCUAGAAUAUUGUAACAUAACUUUUUCCUUUUAUAAUUAGAGGGUGUGUACAUGUUGGGCCAAAGCACAUGCAGCGAUCUGUUUAGCAAAAACCCGACAUUAAACAUCAAGCCAUUUUACACAAACUAGCUAUGAUCUUUUGUAUGUGACUACAGACCUUUUUUAUACGCGCAUGUUUUAAUUCAUAGCCAUAACGCCCGACCUAACUACUAGUUUUACACAAAUGCACUAAGGUGAGAGUGAAUCCCGAAGAAUCAUCUAGCAUAAAUUUUAAGCUCCAACUUUAAGUGAGAUAAUUCUUUUUUUUUUCUUUUUACCUUUAACCUUCUUGUUAACAUGUUUCAACACAUCUUUUUUACGUAUGUACUCAAUUCCUUAUCACUGAGACUGGUCACCAGGAUCAUAGAUUGCAGAUAUGUUACACACUUCUGCAAGUUUUACUUUCUUAUUGUUUAUAAAGUGUGCAUGGUCAGUCAAGAAAAUGUAUUUUUUAGCUUUAUCCAGUUUGUCAAGUUGAACAAACUUUAAAGCAACAAGUCCAUGGUCAGUAAAUACUGUCAAGGAUUAAAUGUGAUUUUUAACUUUUUCAGUACAACAGAAUCAUGAAGAUUAAUGAAUUUGAUUUCAUAUGUAAUACACUAGUAUAAAAACAUUUAUUAACUUUGGAUCAAUGCCUUAAAUUGGCUUUGUUGUUCAUGUGUAUGUGUUAACUGUUUAGAAACUGAAGGGACAGAUUCCACACUCCUCCUUUUCCUUUUGUCUAAAUGUAAGCCGUUCUGAUGUUGGUCUGAAAAUCUGGUCCAUGUCUGUGUCUGUGGUUCCCUGCACUUAGUGGUAGACAGCUUUGUCAUUGUUGAUUAGCACCUGGAAAAGUCAACACUCAACAAGUUGUUUUAACAACCUUAUAAAAUGACAUGAGGUUGGUGCUGCUACAUCUAAAGAGCAGAAGGAUUUUUCAAGUUUAAUUACUUAGUGUGGAAAUCUUAAGUACUGUUUCGAUUUCCGUAUUUACUAAGCUGCAGUUCAUCUGUACUGUAAGUCUUUAAUCCUUCAACUAUUCUAACUACAGAUAUAAUAUGCUGCUGUCAUCUGAGUAUUUUCAUUAUAGAAUAUUACUGUUUACAAUCAACUUCAACAGACAAGACCACACAUUUUCUGACCAAAAAAAACAUUACAGCUACAUAGACCAGGAAAAAAGCCCUGCACAUGAUGUAUAUACGUGUACAUUUCUGAGAAUCAGUAAGGCUGUAAAAUUAUAACAUUCCUUCUCAUGGUUGAUUAAGAGACACUAAACUAUCUAGGUUGAUAUGGGACUUGUUUGCAAUUAUCUUUAUUGUAAAGUAACAGUAAAACUGUUUUCCUGCAGGAUGUUCAAAUCUCUUUCAUAUGGUUCUUUUUUCCUUCUAUACUACGUCUCUAUUUCAGAGACUUUAACCCUUUCUUUUAGGAUGUGCCUAGUUUAUCUUGCUAAUAAAUGUACAGUGUCAAGCUUAAUUCUCUUGUGGAAAGCAGAUCUGAAAUGUCUAAACAGAGCUUAUGGAAAGCAACUAUGUAUGAUUUUUUUGACAAAUUAAAUGACAUGAAAAUGAAA